CCUGUAAGCUGAUGACAGAACAAGGGGAAAGGGAGACUGGGAGGGAGAAUUUGGUUGUGUGCGGCCAAUGGGCUUGCCUGAUGUAUUUUUAAUGGCCAUGAAUAAUUGAUCAUCGUAUGUGAACACAUGCACCCCCGAGGGGCGGAUGCAGUGUGUCUGGUGCCGUCCGUUCAGACAUGAGUGCUGCCAAAGGAGCUUCUGGACUCAACAUGAACACGGUGGAGUUGAAGCAUCAGUGGGCGAUGCAGAGAAACCGCAGUCUGGUCCAGACGUACCUGCUCUCCAGCUCAGCGCUUCCUCUUCCCGGCACACGGAUCAGAGAUGACUUCAGGCUUCCUUCAUUAUCCAGAUCGACACAUGGUCGGACCACCACUGUGCCUCUCAGCAUCAGUGAGCCUUCCCUGUUCACUCCAGGCCAGAGGACAGAUUUCCAGUCCAAAACCCGUGGUCCAUUUUUACGCAACCGCGCUCCGUCUCUUCCCUCCAGCAAGAGCCCUGAGGACUACAAUCAAGUGUACAUGCGUUUCUCUCAGCCUCUCAGGCCGAUACCCAAAUCUGCACAGACACUUACUCGCGCUCAGAGGAGAACCACAGAAACCAGAGCCCCUCAGCCGCUCGUCAGGCCCUUCAGCAAGCCCUUAAACCCCGAGACUUUAUCAAUCAGAGGAAAAACCUGUGUCCUGAGCCAGCAUUCAAACAUGUCCUCCUCGUCCCGCACGCAGCUGCAUGUGUUUCUGCCUGUAGAGGGCGCCGCACUGGAGGACGACAGAGACAGCGAGUCUGUGGAUGAGGGAUUUAUGGAUGAGCUGGACAACAAAAUCACCAGCUUGAGGCUUCAGAGAGACCCAAAGGCCCUCAAACAGUGCACUAGAGGAAAAUCGCUGAUGGGUGAAAGGGUACAGUUAACGUCCUCGUAGUGUCAGGCCUAUAUGAGUUUUUGACGCAUGUCUGAUUAACUAGAGGAAUG